UGGGGGCGGGGCUCCGGCCGGAGGUGCUGGUUGUGGCGGCUCAUUCAUAAAUGCGGUGGCGAUUUUCGCUGUGGUUUGAGUGGACUGAGAGGCCAGAGGACUGCGGAGCGGAUUGUGCUUCAGAAGAUGGAGGACAAGUAUUUUCAGCGUAGGUCGCUGAGUGCAGUAAAGCAACAAGGGAAACAGCAGUCACUUGAUUUAAAAUUCCAUUAAAUCCGGUUUUGAUAAAGUGACACCAUCUGUCUUUCAGUUCGUCAGUCACAUUGAGUACUUUCAAGUGCCGAAUAGUGGCUACCAGAAUGGACAGCACAGGUCCAGGUGUUGGAAAUUAAUAGCAGUUCCAGCUUGUAUAUUAUUUAAAUAUAAUAGUGUCGUUGGACUAAAAUGUUCGUGAUGCCAGCCUCUUCAGAGUUAAACAGUGGGCAGAGCUUCCUAACCCAGUGGAUGACCAAUCCUUCUCGGGCUGGGGUCAUAUUAAAUCGUGGAUUUCCUAUUUUGGAAGCAGACGAAGAGCAGCGAGCAAGUGUGAACAUUUCUACCAGCUUUCCUGUUAAAGCCACGCAUUUUUCAGAUAGCUUCACCUUUGUAAGUGAAGAAGAUUCACUUCAUGAAGAACAGAAGUUGGACUCUAACAGCCCUUAUAAACUACAAUCAAAUAAGUCUGAAACACAUGCAGUGUUUCCUUUAACUAAAGAGGAACCACAAAUAGUGGCAUGUCAGGGUGCUCCUGGACACUGGGAAGAUAACAAAAAUGACAUUGUCUCAGAUCUUUCAAGUGAAUGCAAAGAAGUGCCUUAUAAAGACCCACUUUUUAAAAAGCUUGAACAGCUGAAAGAAGUACAACAGAAGAAGCAGGAACAGCUGAGGAGGCAGCAUUUCGAGCAACUACAGAGACUUCUGGAAGAACAAGAGAAGCUGCUCACUACUGUGUCUGGGCACCAACCACUCCCAGGUUUAACCCUACUGCCUGAUGGUCAGAGCCAGAAGUAUAGAUCUCCAGGAAAUUCAACCACUGUAGAGAAAACCUCGCCCUUCCUACCGUCACAUGUCUACCAGAAUCAAACCCAAGAAAAAACACACACUUCCAACAUUUUAUCUGAUGAACAAAACAACUUCUGUAGAACUACUCAUCCAGAUUUUGUCUUAACUGCAAAAACUGGUGCUCCUCUCACUUUGUUUUGUGAGGCACAAUAUCAAGAAGCACUUGUGAAAAACAAUGAUUUGAAGGAAGAAAACCAUGACUAUCCUAUAGGAGAAGGUGUUUCACCAUGUUGGGAGAAAGUGGCCGAACCUAUUCAGGAAGGGAAAGAUGUGAAUAUAAAAGAAAUUGGUGAUUCUUCAGAAGUGGCUAAUAUUGAAGAAAGGCCUAUUAAAGUUGCUAUCAGAGAGAGGAAACAGACAUUUGAAGACUACUUAGAAGAACAAAUUCGACUGGAAGAACAAGAAUUGAAACGAAAACAACUAAGGGAAGCAGAAGGAUCAUUGCCAAUCAAAGCAAAGCCAAAACAACCAUUCUUGAAACGAGGAGAAGGUUUAGCUAGAUUUACUAAUGCUAAAUCUAAGUCUCAGAAAGGGAGAGAAAGUAAACUAGUGCCUAAUCAGAGCAUUUCAGAGGACCAACCUGUGUUUAAAAUGGAUAGACAGCAAUUCCAGCGGAAAACUGCUCUAAUAAACAAAGAACUGUGUACAGAGAACCCUCCUGUUAAAAAGAACAGUAAAGCUAGGGCCAGCAGUGGUUUUGUCACACUUAGUCAGAAGCCAAAAGUGCUUAAGGGUAACAACAGGAAAAGUCUUUCUCCAUCAGGAUUGAAAAUACUGGCAGGGAAGAAAUGUGAUGGGCAAUUUAGAGACCAGAUCAAAUUAGAAAAAAAAGUUGAAUCUAAUAGUAGAGAAAUGCCCGAGUGUGCAAAACCUUGUGAUGUUGGUUGCAAAGUCUGGAAUAAGACACCAGGUAGAGACAGACUUCCUCUUUCAGCAGGGCUGGUCAGCUGCAUGGCUUCUAAGAGCCCAAUAAAUGAGACCUUGAAAAAGUCAGAAUCUUCUCUUGACAUUUCUCUUCAGAAAAAGUUAGAAAAGUGGGAACGAGAAAAGGAAAAGGAAAAUUUGGAGUUAGAUGAAUUUUUGUUUUUGGAGCAAGCUGCUGAUGAAAUAUCAUUUUCCAGUAAUUCUUCAUUUGUACUGAAAAUCUUAGAGAGGGACCAGCAGAUCUGCAAAGGGCACCGGCUGUCUUCCACCCCUGUCAAAGCCGUACAGCAGGGGAAGAUGGUGACACUGGAUCCCAUUCUUCAGUGUAACCACAAUGAGGCUCCAGACUGUACUGAACCUGAUAAUGUGUGUGAGUGUGAGGUCGCACCCAAACAGACUGAUUCAGUGUCCUCACCUGAAGCACAUAGGGAACAGUCUUGUAAAGUCAGUAGGAAAGCAUUCCAAACUAGCACUUCUGAAAAUCAGACUCGGUGGAAUGUAGGUGAUGACGAAGGUGCCAUGGACAGUGACAGUAGCACCGACUCUGAGGAACAACUUGAUGUUACCAUAAAACCAUCAACUGACGAUAAAGAGAGGGGUUUCAGCAGCAGAGAAGACAGUCCACAGGUCUGUGAUGGUAAGGGGCCUUUUAGGGACACUGGGAUGCAAGAAGAUCAAAGGAGAGAUGUUGAUUUAGAUUUGUCUGAUAAAGAUUACAGUAGUGAUGAGUCUAUCAUAAUAGAAAGCUUGAAAAACAAAGUUUCUGAGUCCUCAAGAAGACCCUCAUCUGUAAGUAUGAGUAAAAUUGACUUUGACGAUGAAAGAACUUGGACUGACCUUGAAGAGAAUUCAUUUAAACAUGAUGCUGUUCUUGGGACAGAGGUCACUAAUGGGACUCCUCAGACAGCCUAUCCUAAUAAGAGUGAAAUAUGUGUACCAGACAAAGCAAUAAAAAGGAAGGUCGCACCAGUCAAGAAGGGAGAAGACUUGAGGAAAUCCAGUAGGAGCACAAGCCCUCCUCCUACGUCAGAUCUCAUGAUGAAAUUCUUUCCUGCUUUGAAACUGAAACCCAAAUCAGAUUCACACUUGGGAAGUGAACCCAAGUUAAACCCAAGUCAAGACCAACCACCUGGUGACAGUGCUCGAUCUCAAGUUUUGAGAGAGAAAGUAACUGAAUUGGAAACAGAAAUAGAAAAAUUUAAAGCUGAGAACACAUCUUUAGCUAAACUUCGCAUUGAACGUGAAAGUGCCUUGGAAAAACUUAGGAGAGAAAUUACAGACUUUGAACAACAGAAAGCAAAAGAAUUGACUCGGAUAGAAGAGUUUAAAAAGGAGGAAAUGAGGAAGCUACAAAAGGAACGGAAAGUUUUUGAGAAGUAUACUACAGUUGCAAGAACUUUUCCAGAUAAAAAAGAACGUGAGGAAAUACAGGCUUUGAAACAGCAGAUAGCAGAUUUACAGGAAGAUUUGAAAAGAAAGGAAGCAAAAUGGUCAAGCACACAUGGCCGUCUUAGAAGCCAAAUAGAAAUGUUGGUCAGAGAGAACACAGACCUCAGGGAAGAAAUAAAAGUGAUGGAAAGAUUCCGAUUAGACGCCUGGAAGAAAGCAGAAGCUACAGAGAGCAACAUAAGGAUGGGUCCGUGUGUGACUGCCACAAAAAAAGAUGGAUCCAUGAAUUCAUCAGUUCGAUUACAAAAGAGUCAGAUUUCUUCAGGAACCCAGGUAGAAAAAUACAAGAAAAACCAUUUGCCAACACAAGGUAAUCCAUCUCGAAGAUCCAAGACUGUGCCUCCUCGUGACUUAGGCAAUUUGGAUAAGGGACAAACUGCCUCACCCAGGGAGCCCCCUGAAUCAGUGGACCUUUCAGAUCCCAAAUAUAAAAAGGAUGACAAAAAAGAGGAAAAAGAAGAAAUCCAGGGAGAAAUCAGUCAUCCUGAUGGAAAGAUAGAAAAGGUUUAUAAGAAUGGGUGCCAUGUUAUAUUGUUUCCAAAUGGAACUCGAAAAGAAGUGAGUGCAGAUGGGAAGACUGUCACCGUCACUUUCUUUAAUGGUGAUGUGAAGCAAGUCAUGCCAGAUGAGAGAGUGAUCUACUACUAUGCAUCUGCCCAGACCACUCACACUACUUACCCAGAAGGUCUAGAAGUCUUACAUUUCUCAAGUGGACAAAUAGAAAAACACUUCCCAAACGGGAGAAAAGAAAUCACGUUUCCUGACCAGACGAUCAAAAACCUAUUUCCCGAUGGACAAGAAGAAAGUAUUUUUCCAGAUGGUACAAUUGUAAGAGUACAAAGAGAUGGCAACAAAAUCAUAGAGUUUAAUAAUGGCCAAAGAGAACUACACACUGCCCAGUUCAAGAGACGGGAAUAUCCAGAUGGCACUGUUAAAACCGUAUAUACAAAUGGUCAUCAAGAAACAAAGUACACAUCUGGUCGAAUAAGAGUUAAAGACAAGGAUGGUAAUAUCCUAAUGGAUACAAAAUUGUAAUGAUCCUAUAUGUGACUCAUCAUGAAAUAACACUAACUUGAUUUUCUUCUCAAAAAAUGUACACUUCUUGUGGAUUCUGUGGUUUCAUUUAUAUAUAAGUGGAAGAGAUUAUGUUUGGAUUAUAAAAUAAAACAUCAUAGUUUUUUAUAUUCUUUGAAAUGUACAAGAACAGCUUUCAUUUUUAAUUCACCUGUCUUCUACAGUUGAAUGCAUGUCUAAGGAAAGAAAUAUUACUUUAUGAACUGUGUAGACUGUAAAAAUAAUGAGACUCUUACUUGUUGAAGAUGGUUAUAAAAACCAAGAAGUACAAGAAAUACAAUAGCACAGAUUUUUCAUGAGCACAUCAGCCACAGAACAAGACUUGCACAGAAAGUUUAGUCAAGGAAUAAGAGAAUGUCUCCAGUCAGAAUAUACUGUGUUCAAUUAGUACUAAAAUUAAAGCAUUUAUCUACUGUAGAGGUUCUUUAAUAUAAUGGAAUGGGAAGUUAAAACCAUGAAUAAAUAUAAAUAGGUCAAACAUCACAGGUAGAAGAGUUCAUUCUGUGAGUACAGAGCAUCACAGGAGAAAAGUUACAGUGAGGAUACGUAAGUGGUCAGAAUAGGACACUUGAGGAUGGAGGGCGUGUGAAAAAUAACUAGCUGGUGUUAACUGAACAACCACAGGUACCCUGAUGUUAUAACCUAUAAAACUGUAGGCUGACAGAAGCAAGAUGUCCUUGAAGGAAGGACAAGGCACCUGCAAGGCACUUACAUAAUAAUUACAGGUUGCUGUAGUCACUACAAUAACCUUAAAAAAGCUAAAUAUAUCAAUUCCAGAUGAUUUAAGAAAAGUUGCAAACUUCUCAAAUAAAGAGUUAUAUACAUCAUCUCAGGAUAGAGAAGGAUUUUUAAAUGAGGCACAGCGCAAACCUUAACAGCUUGAUGAAUGGUGUGUCUAAAGAUACCACAAAAAAGAAAAGAUAAGCCACAGACUAGAAGAUAUAUAUAUAUAUAUACACAUACUUGACAAAGGAUUAAUAUCCAGAAUAUGUAAAGAAUUCCUACAGAUAACAUAAUUACAAACAAAACAAAAAUGGACAAAGGAUAUGAAAAAGCAAACAAGUGACUACUAAACCAGUGAAUGCAUAUUGAAAUAAUAAGAUACCUUUUUAUGCUAGUAUCAUAUACUGGCCACACCACAUGUUGCCAAGGGACUCAGACUACUGAUGGUAGUAAAUGGAGUGAACCACCUUUUGGAGAACAAUCACCUCGUGACCUAGUAAAUUCCACUACUAAGUACAUAUACUAGAAAACCCGUAACAUGUACACAUAUUUGUAAUUGAGAAAAAACUGGCAACAGUCUAAAUAUCUAGCAACAGAAUUAUGUGCACAGAUAGAAGAAUAAAGUAAGUGAAUAAAGUAGAGCUCUGCAUACCAACAUGGAUAGAAGAAUAAAGAAGUGAAUAAAGUAGAGCUCUGCAUACCAACAUGGAUAAACAGUGCCAAUAGUGAGAAAAUUAAAGGUGCGAUAGUGCACGCAUUAAAAAAAUAUACACAGCCGUACUAUAUCUUGCUUAUGGAUGCAUUCAUAUGCAGCAAAAUAAGAACGUAAGAAUAAUAAACACCAGAAUCACAACAGUGUUCACCUCUUCAGGGAAGAGAAUGAUUGGGGAAGGUCACUAUAGGAGCUUCCAACUGUACUAAGAAGGUCUUACUUAAACUGAAUAUAUAUUCGUUAUAAAAUGAACUACAUUUUUUCAUAUUCCUAAAAUACUUGCUUUUGAAAUUAUUGUAAAAUAAAACCAGAAAAUACUUGAAAGCAA